ACCUACCAGUUGUUAUCUGUUUUCUAGCCACCUUGUUUCUAGCCAAAUGUUUUUAACGCCACCUAAAAUUACACUUCAAGUCAAGUGAAGUCGAAUUUAAGCGGCUAUAUGGGUGAAAGGAGCGCUUCUGAAAACGCUCGGUUCACCAGGAAGCAGCAAAGCCGGCCCUUUUACUGUCACUCGGUUUCGAUAGCUUCGACGCGCGUGCCUACGUAGUGCAUAUUUUGUUCUUUGUUCUGUGUUCUACUAACGCUUUAUUUUAAAUUUUACUUGUCCUGCGGCAACUGUUGUGUGAAGGCUCCAAGAAGCGACGUGGUGGUAACGCCUUGCUUGACCUAAACUCCGUAAAUACGAAGAUGGGAAAACGUUACUUUUGUGACUACUGCAAUAAGACAUUCCCUGACAGUGCGAACAACCGCAAGAAGCAUUUGCAAGGCGCGUUUCACACGCGGAUGAAGAGAAUUCACUACGAUGCAUUUCGUGACGCUGAAACGGUCUUUAAGAUCGAAUCCGUCAAGAAGCCGUGCCGGAGGUUUCAACAAAUGGGUGCAUGUGAUUAUGGCACAACAUGCAAGUUUUCACACUUAAGUUCGGCUGAAUUAGUUCAGUUGGCAGCACGUGCAGAAGCUGAAAAGUAUGCUGCUAAACAACGUGCUUCGGUACCCCUUCCUAAGAGUGUGUCUGUCACAGUGUGGGCUAAUAGGCACUUCAAAGCUCAGGAGAAACUUCCAGAGCCAUUUGCAUACAAAGAUAUGAUCGCCACAGAAUUUUCAUUUUUCAACAACUUAAGCAUAUCUAUGCGAGCACCUACUCUUGAUGAUUUGUUGGCGUGCAGGCCAAACCACUGGGGCUGAGCUUUUUUUAUCGUAGGCUGUACAUGCAUCAUUGCAAUGUCAUUCAAGUUUAUUUGAAGUUCUCUGUCUAUGCAGCAGUGUCAUUUGAAGAUAUUAAUUUUUUUUUUAACAUAUCUCUCAAGCUUGCACCUACGUUUUGUACAAUGGACAUUCUGUUCUCAUCAUGUUACAAUUUUCCAUAACCCUGUAUGUACAUUGAAAGUGCAUUGAGAAAAUAAAUAUUUCUUUGUUAACAAAUGG